AUGUCUAUGACUCCUAUGGGAUCAUGCCCCCUCGGCGGGGAUUGGUGGACAUGUCUAGAUCAGUCGCCAACCUUUUUCGGGUGUUGCGCCAGUAAUCCAUGUAAUGGAAUUGGUUGUCCUGAAGAAGACCUCUUAGCUGCAGGAAUGGGAACAGCGGGUGGUCCGGAUGCUUCUAGCAACGAUGGAUCGUACUGGCCAAAUGCGGGUUGCCCCAGCGGAGGAGUCUGGUAUACUUGCUCCAGACAGACUCCGUCAUUUCAAGGUUGCUGUGAUGAUAGCCAUGAACCUGGUUCGACCGAGAAAUUUGAUCCAUGUCAUGAGAAUGGUUGUCCAUCAUGGAGGCUCUACGCUGCAGCAUUCAAUAGCGUUCCAGCUACAUUUGCCUCUGUUAUUUCCUCCAAGUCUUCAUCUGUCCGCACUUCAUCAUUGCCUAUUUCGACACUUUUGACUUUAUCGUCCUCGACUUCAUCAUCUUCGGCACUAUCUUCGAUUUCUGCAUCUCGUUCAAUUUCUUUACCUUCGACUACCUUAUCUUCUGUAACAAAUUCUGCUGCUUACUCUACUUCGACUCAAGCUCCGUCAUCUCAAGAAUCGGCUACAGCGAGUGCGACAGUAAAUUCAACUGGGCACAACUCAAACUCAAAAUUACCAAUUACUGCAAUUAUAGGGAGUGCUUUAGGGGGAGUGGUUGUUAUCAUACUUGUUCUCUUAGUUAUCUUUUGUGUCCAACGACGGAAAAAGAGAUCUCCAUUGGCAGGCGCAGUCGAGCCAUAUUAUCAACCGCCACCUCAAGAUAUGUCCGUGGUUAAAGUAACUUCAUCACCUUUCGUAUAUGAAGAUAGCCCUUCAGACGCUAAAGCGUCGCAGAAAGAUUAUCGUCCAGUAUCAGAGAUACUAUCGUCUCCGCCUCUUAGUCCUGCUCCACCAUAUCAAUCGGCGCCUCAAUCUCCAGACUUUUCUAAUUACCAUGAGAUCGACUCUUCCAUUUUACAUGAAGUCGAAUCCCCACCUCUUCAACAAAGAUCACUUUUUUCUCGACCAGGGACAGUAGAACUGCCAGAUACAUCUGAGGAUCCUUUCCGAUCAUCAUUACCGGAAGGUUUGAAGUCGGGGUCUUCCAGAAAUUGA